AUGGAGCUCGACACGUUGCCUCUGAUCGAGGAGCUUCCGGACGACGAUGGUGACAACACUGGGGCUUGGCAUAGCACUGCUUUGGUUUCGGAGUUCGAUUUUUACGAGGGUGAAGAAGCUUGGGAUGAGUAUGGCUGGUGGGAUGAGUCCGAAAUUCCUGCUGAAGCCUAUGAGUAUAUCAGGGCAGUCAGUGCGUGUGAUGGUUGGUAUAGUGACUCAAGCGCUGAUUUUGAAGAGGUAAACUGUGCAAGCUUCGAGUGCUUUGAGCUAGAGUGCGAGCUCCCUUCCACCAGCACGCUUUGCUUCGAACUUGAUCGUGACAGCAGUGGAGAUGAGUUUUUCCGAGAGUGCAGUUCCGAAUGCGACUGUGAAGUUCGUGCGGUGUGCUGCCCUACAGGCCCUUCCGAGCCCUGUGAAGUCAUCUUGGAUUCAGGUGCUGAUGUCACGGUGCUCCCGGCGCAUCUCUUCAGCACCGUCGGUGUGGCCGAGAAGCAGACUACCCGGCUCUUGGGUGCCCAAGGCACGCCGAUCCCACAAAUGUCGCAGAGAGCCAAUGUUUCUUUCGUGGUGCAAGGGCUUGAUGGUCGGGAGAUUGUGUUUCGAGAUCGAGCUGUGCUAGCAAAUGUGCGGCAACCGUUGUUAUGCGCUGGUAAGCUGUUUCGUGGUGGCUGGUAUCCGAAAGCUAGUGCUACAGAUGACGGCGUCGUGGUGAUGUGCAAGGGCGAGCAAGAGUUUCCCCUCCACUUUGCGCGAAACUCUGUUGCGGCCACCAUGCGCAUUCUAAGGACCGAAGAAGCCUGUGUUCGCGUGGUGUUUGAGGUGAGCGACGAGUUCCUGGCGGGACUCAAACGGCAAGGCUGGCAAGAGAACAGGUUUGAGAUUUUCGAGUGCGGUGAGAAUUGGGAGCUGAAGCCUGUGGUGGAUAUAGGGUUACCUGCUGAGUCUCAAGAAGAAGCUGCCGAACCUGAAGAAGCAGAUGGUGGAGAUCGACAGCCAGGCGCGCCCGUGGGCGGACCGGAGAUGCAGGAAGUGCCUUUGGAAGGCGAAGUAGUGAAGGUUGGUGACAAGGAGUUUCGUGAAACCUCCAGCCUUCGUGAUCUUCGUUGGGCGUGCCGCUAUCUGAAGAUUCCGCAGAGUGGUGCUAAGAGUUUGUUGUGGGCGCGUUUGCAGAAAGAGAUUGCGCUUAACAAGCUCAAGUCAGCCGUGCAAGCAAGUGAUGCCAUCAUAGCAGAGUACACCCCUGACGUCAAUCACGGCCCUCUUCCUCAACGCCCCGACGCUCAAACCGUCAUGCUUCACGAGCUGACUCACCUCCCUCGGGCCGAUUGGUGUGAGAGCUGCCAAGCUGCCCUUUCGAGAGAGGAUCCACAUCCAGAGGUCCAGCCAAAGAGAGAAGUGCCGGUUAUUUCGGUAGACUGGAUGUUCAAUAGGACAGGAGAAGCUGAGAAUGAUGAGCACCCCUUGACGACUCAGUUGGUGGCAGUGUGCCACACUACAAAGUACGUGGUCUGUGUGCCGGUGCGUUCUCAAGCAGCUGAGGACAACAAACCUGCCGUGGAGGAGCUGGUCAAGAUGGCUUCGAUCCUCGGCUUUGACCAAGUCACCUUUAGAGGGGACAGCGAGCCUUCAAUGAAGAAGCUUUUGCAGAUGGUGCAGAUGGCUAGGACACGGUUGGGGUUAAAGACUGAGAUUGAGACGGCAAACCCCGACUCCAGUGAACAUCAGGGAUUGAGAGCAGAGCGCUACAUAGAUAAAGUUCGCCGCCUUGGUCUUUGCCUCUUGCACACCGUGUCUGCAAAUUCGAAAGUCGAGUUGAAAUCGAGCCACCCGUUGUACCAGUGGAGCUUCAGGCACGCAGCCUUCUUACUGACGCGUUACCAUGUUCACACAGAUGGGGUCACCUCGUUCGAAUUGGUCCAUGGGCGAAAGUUUGAUGCAAAGAUUGCAGCGUUUGGGUCAGUCGUCUUUUGCCAACUGUUGCCCAAACCAAAGACGAAAGGGAUUCCAUGGGAAAAGUGUGUGUACCUCGGGCGUUCCUCAAUGGGUUCUUUGAGCAUCGUCUCUUCCAGCAAGGGCAUAGGGUAUGCACGCACAGUUCGAAGAGCAGCUGAAGUAUAUCAAGCAGAUGCUUUGUUGGCAAUGCGCGGUGUUCUUUGGAAUCCUGUACAAGAUGUGGUCACUAUGCGUGUUCCCCGGGGCCCUCGAGUACGGGUUCCGUUGCUUGUUGAUGCAGCACCUUCUGCUGCGCCACCCGGUGACGAAGCUGCCACUGAUCCUCCAACCUCGGCGAGUUCAGAAGCACCUGCAGGCAGCCCUGGAGAGAGCAUCUUAGAUGGGUUGAGUGGAGCUGCCAGCAAUAGCUCACACGAGCUCAUCCCAGCCGACAUGGAGGUUGGAAGGGUGGAGUGGUUUCCAGUUCGCGUGAUUGAUGCAGAGCAGCCACAUGGACAUGAAGACGACAUCGUUGUGUGCGACCCUGAAGAGAGUUUGGACCUUGGACCCACACUGCGACGAGGGCUUUGCAGGUGA